AUGGAGCCAAAUUGUGUUCAGUUUCUGGAGAACAAGACCAUGCUCGUCACUGGCGCUUCGGGUUUCCUUGCUAAAGUUUUCGUGGAGCGAGUGCUGAGGUUGCAACCAAACGUGAAGAGGCUCUACCUCCUCGUUAGAGCAUCCGACAAGAAAUCCGCGGAACAACGUUUACAGAGUGAGGUUUUCGAGAAAGAUUUGUUUAGGGUGUUAAGAAAGAAUGUCGGUGAUCAAAACUUGAAUGCUUUAAUAUCGGAAAAAGUUGUCCCUGUUACGGGAGACGUAUCACUGAACAAUAUGGGAGUCAGUGACUCUGAUCUCUUACAAGAUAUGAUGCAAGAGAUCGACAUUGUUUUGCAUUCUGCUGCCACCACGAGAUUCGACGAAAGAUACGAUGUUGCACUUCGGAUCAACACAUUUGGAGCACUCAAUGUCCUUAACUUUGCUAAGAAGUGUGUGAAACCACAAUUGCUUCUCCAUGUCUCAACUGCUUAUGUUUGUGGGGAAAGAUCGGGACUCAUACAUGAGAAACCUUUUGCUAUGGGAGAAACUCUUAACGGAAAAGCCAAGCUAGAUAUCAAUACCGAAAUGCAACUAGUGGAACAUAAGUUGAAACAACUCGUGGAACAAGGUUGUUCAAAAGAAGAAACUAAACAAGCCAUGAGAGAUCUCGGAAUGAAAAGGGCAAAACUUUAUGGAUGGCCAAACUCAUAUGUCUUCACCAAAUCAAUGGGAGAGAUGCUUCUUGGACACUAUAGAGAAAAUCUACCUAUUGUAAUCAUACGUCCCACAAUAAUCACAAGCACUUUCUCGGACCCGUUUCCCGGUUGGAUUGAAGGCCUAAAAACCGUAGACAGUGUGAUUGUACCAUACGGAAAGGGAACGCUAAAGUGUUUUCUCGUUGAUCAUAAGGUAGUAUGUGAUAUGAUACCGGUCGAUAUGGUGGCAAACGCAAUGAUCGCGACCGCAGCUGAACAUUUCGGUGAUUCAGGAAGUCAUACCGUUUACAAUGUCAGCUCAUCUUACCGGAAUCCGGUGACGUAUAAACAAAUGUAUAAAUUCAUUGCUCGUUAUUUCAAGGAAAGCCCUCUGCUCGGUCGCAAUGGUAUGCCUAUAGUCCCAAACGUUACAUUAUUAUCCACAAUGGGUAGGUUCCGUCUAUACACGAAGCUUCGCUUUAAAUUACCUUUACAGAUGUUGGGAUUGCUUAGUGUAAUUCUCCCAUCGCAACUCGGAGAUAAAUAUCAAGAUAACAACCGUCAAUUCAAGAAGGCCAUGACAUUGAUGAAAGUUUACGAGCCUUAUCUACUCUUCAAGGGCAUAUUCGAUGAUCAAAACCUAGAAACAUUACGAAUCAAGAAUGAAGCCAAAGGGAUGCACGACUUGUCCGGCUUCAACCCCAAAUGCAUUAAUUGGGAAGAUUAUUUUCUGAAUACACAUAUCCAUGGCGUCGUAACACACGUUAUCGAUAAAUAA